AUGGCCACCAUGAAAGCUGCAGUCUACUACGGCAAGGGAGACAUCCGGAUCCAAGAGGUACCUGUCCCCGAGCCAACGGGUGAUCAGGUCCAGAUCAAGGUUGAAUGGUGUGGCAUCUGUGGAACUGACAUCCACGAGUUCCACGACGGCCCGGUUCUUGUCCCGAACGUCGACAAGCCACACCCUAUCACGAAGGCCACCUUGCCUUUGACUUUGGGUCACGAGUUCAGUGGCACAAUCACGAAGCUGGGCCCAGAUGUCGAUAAGGAGAAAUAUACGGUGGGGAUGAGAGUUUGCGCCGAGCCCAUUAUCACCUGCGGGGAGUGCAAGAUGUGCAAGGAAGGCUUCGAGAACUGCUGCCCGAAGCUUGGAUGGAUCGGGUUGGCCGAUCAUACAGGCGGAUUCGCGGAGUACGCGCUGGCCAGGCAGUUCCGGGCCCAUCAUAUCCCGGAUAGCAUUUCGUUCGAAAUCGGCGCUCUCAUGGAACCACUGUCGGUCGCUUGGCACGCAGUCCGCGUAUCAAACAUCAAGAUGGGCCAAACUGCUCUUGUCCUCGGCGGUGGCCCUAUUGGUAUCAUGGUUCUGCGUGUGCUUCUGGCCAUUGGCGCGCGUGCAGUAUACCUCUCCGAGGUGUCAGAAUCGCGCAAAGCCCUGGCAAUCAAGUCAGGUGCCAAGGCGGUCUUCGACCCUCGCCAGGUCGAUGUCGUCGAGGAAUGCAAGAAGGCGUCCGUGCACGGGCUUGGUGUUGACGUCUCCUUCGACUGCGCUGGUGUUCAGGCAUCCAUUACCACCGCUAUCAACGCGGUCCGCCCACGUGGUACGAUCAUGAACGUCGCCAUCUGGGAGAAGCCAAUCCAAAUCUCGCUGAACGACAUGGCACUGGGCGAGAAAUGGCUCUCUGGCUGCAUCUGCUUCGCCGAUGAUUUCCCGGCUGUGAUUGCUGCUGUUGCUGAUGGCCGCUUGAGCACCGACGGCCUGAUCUCAAGCCAUAUCGAGAUCGAUGAUAUCGUUGAGAAGGGCUUCAAUGCUAUCCUCAACGAGAAGGAUAAACACGUCAAGAUCAUCGCUCGGCCAGUCAAGAAAUGAGUACGCGGGGCUGGGUUUCGUUGGGUAUUGUCGUACAUAUUAUUGUAUGCACACACAUAACACACGUAGACUGGGUACUGGGUUGAAUCGAAUAUGC